AUGGAGGCCGAGUCGGUACGAUCCACUCCGGGCCAACAUGGGAAGCAGCCUGCCUGCUUGAACUGCCGGCGUAGCAAGAUCCGCUGCAACCGACCGGAGGGCCAUGAGCGCUGCGACAAAUGCAGACAAAGCGAUGCCGACUGUAUCGUCCCCAGUCACCAUCUGGGCCGUCAGAAGGGUGUAAAGAAUAAACGCAAGGGGUUGGAGAAAGCCAUUCACCAGAUUGAACAAGCCAUCAAGCGCCCCAAGCUUGAUGCUCCAGGUCCUGAUGAUGCGCACAAAGUCAUAUCGGACUUGCAGGACCUACUCAUCCGAGUUCAGGGCCAACUGAACAGCGAGUCGGACAGCUUCGCCGAUGCGUCAGAGCGACCGCGGAACCUUCCGUCUCCGCACGACACUCAUGUAGAUGAGAGCUUGGCUCUUGAUGAUGCGGAGAAUCCGCUGCAGCUACUUGCGCGAGCAUCCGAUUUACAGCUCUCGCCUACAGGACUGCGUCGGGAAUUGAAGUCACCGCAACCGCCAUUACUAGCGCCGCCAACGAUCUCUCAGGAUUCCGGUCCUGCGGAUUCUGGAGCAAAAUCAUUCUUCGUCCCUGCGCGAGCCAAUUUGGAUAUUGGACCCGAUUUGGAUCCGGUUGAUCUUGGAUUGGUCACUUUCGAUGAAUCCGAGUCUUUAUUCUCUUUCUUUUAUCAAUACCUUGCUCAUACACGGUGGGGAUUGGAUCCCUUGGUGCACACUGCAUCGUUUGUGCGGGCUCAAUCGGCCUUUUUAUUUACUUCCAUCUUGGCAGCUGCAGCGUUAUUCUUACCAUCUGCGGCGGCUUUAUCAAAGCGACUAGGGAGGCAUUGCAAAUGGCUCGCUAAGCAAGUGAUGGCGCAGCGGCAUAGAUCGGUGGAGAUUGUUCUCGCGUUUAUGGUGAAUGUACCUUGGAUGGCGCCCGGAGAGCGACUAGGUGACGAUGAUACGUGCUCGUACAUUGCCAUGGCGCUUACUGUGGCGUUGGAUCUAUCAUUGAAUAAGAUCGUCACGCCAUCAUCUAGUUUCGACCGGGACCUUUUGAGCCGAUUGGCUCGAGCCGACUGCAUUGAUGCGAAGAGAGCACUACAUAUGGAUGGCUUUGAUGACGUUGAACCCAACUCCGAAUGGGGACGUCGACUACUGCGACGGCGGGAGAGAACGUGGAUAGCGUUGUUUGUCGUCGAACGAGGUGUUUGUCUUGCUCGCGGAAGAAGCUACACCGUGCCUCCAACGGCGCUUCUCGAGCAUUGCGAUGUAUGGCACCGUUCGGAUAUUGCAGACCGACGUGAUGGGCCCAUGAACUCCAUGGCGGUCCUGCGCAGAGACCUUGAUGACUUAUUCAGAAAGGUCAAGUCCAGCUGUGAUACCUAUCGGGUCGUCGACACCGGAUCCGAGGCUGCUCAAUCGAUUAAAUCGACCAUUGAGAACUUCUACGAGCGCUGGUACAAGACAUGGGUGCUGGCGAUUAGCGAAGGUGGAACACGUUCCCUUCCACCUUAUGUUGAGAUCCUAGUGACCCAUACUCAGCUGUCAACUUACGGAGGCGUCAUCAACCAUCCUACUGCACCCCUUGAAGUCAAGCGGUUCUUCCGCGCAGCCGGUCUCUCCGCCGCCCUGAAUGUUCUCCGGGCUGCUAUACAAGGCGAAUCUCGACUCAAGUCUAUGCCCAAUAACACCGUCAUCAUGAUCUCUUUUGCCGCAUGCUCUGCUCUUAGUCUCAGCGUUACGCCUGGCGACAGCCGAUCCAGCUUGGCGCCCAGCGUGCGGACGCUGAUCGAAGAAACUGCCGGUGUUCUGGAACGAAUCGGAGCUACGCCCAGCCAUAGAAACGGAGCUUCUGUGUUGUACGGGCGCUUCCUGCGCGAGCUCAUCCGACGGGGACCCACCCAUCCUCAUGCACCUGCGAGGAAUCUGGAUCAUGACCCCUUGCUUCCGCCCCCACUGGAUCAGCGACCUGUUCCAGUCCCGCCUGCGCUCCCAGCAGGGGACUUGUGGACCGAACCGAUGCAGUUCUCCGCCAUGUCGGACGACCAGAUUAUCGACGCCGUCAAUCGGGCGGGAAGUGCCUUUGGGACGUCGAUUCCCGACGUGCCGGUGGAUGAUAUGCUAUGCUGGGAUUGGCUUGAUUUUGCCAACACAGAUUUUGGCUUGUAG